AUGGGAUCUUUCGUGUCGAAAGCAUUGUCCUCCCUGUCGGCGUACUUCGGACAGCGGCAAGCCAAAAUUCUAAUCCUAGGGUUAGACAAUGCAGGGAAGACUACUAUACUCUACCGAUUGCAACUGGACGAAAAUGUUGAGACUGUAUCAACACUGGCAUUUAACGCUGAAAGCAUCGAGUAUCAAAACAUUAAGUUUCAGGUGUGGGAUCUAGGAGGGCAGAUGUCUAUACGACAGUAUUGGCGUUGUUACUUUUUGGCGACAUCAGCUGUAAUUUUCGUGGUUGACUCAACUGAUACUGCUCGAAUGGACGUGGCCAAGGAAGAGCUACAGACUCUCGACGAAGAGGAAGGCUUAGAGAAUGCUGUAUUCGUGAUCUUCGCAAAUAAACAAGACGCCCCGGGGGCAUUGUCUGCGGCUCAAUUGGCGGAGGAACUUGAGCUGAGCAAGAUACGCAAUCGGUCGUGGAGCAUAUUCAACACAAGCGCAGUCACCGGCGUAGGAAUAAACGAAGGUCUUGAUUGGCUCUGUGCGGAGAUCAUGUCUAAAUAA